AUGCAUUUGAUGUACACCCUCGACGCCGCGGGCAACCGCAUCUACACCCUCAAGAAGAUCACCCCUUCAGGCGCCGUCACGAAGAGCGCUCACCCCGCGAGGUUCUCGCCGGACGAUAAGUACUCUCGACACAGAGUCACGCUGAAGAAGAGGUUCGGCAUCUUGAUGACGCAGCAGUCGGAGCAGAAGCCGUGGUAG